UGUGGGAAUGCACGGACUCCGUUUUGAAAAGGAGUCAUUGAGACUGUUCCGUAAGACAGCUAGCAGCUCUCGGCCCCGCUUCCUCCGUUGCUAGACUGAGCACACAGAAACUGACCCGCUGCAGGAUUGCCCCCCAAGUACAAGAAGGCAAGUGAGACCACUUCAAUUCAAACACUUCCACACUUCCAAGAAACAGUUAAAGGAAGGCAGAGAUGAGCAGAAACCCCUUGUCUGACACUCACACAGUUGCCAUGGACCUGCAAAAGCAGUGGGAGAACACAGACACCAACUGGCAUAAGGGAAAGAUGGAGUUACUGGACCAGUUUGAUAAUGAAAGAAAAGAAUGGGAAAGUCAGUGGAAGGUCAUGCAGAAGAAGAUCGAAGAGCUUUGCCAGGAAGUAAAGCUGAGGAGGAAAAUGAACAUGAAUGAACAUUCUAAGGUCAUUAAUCUUGAUCAUGUUCGAGAUAAAAUGGAAUUUCCUCCAAAUCUCCCCAGUUCAAGACAAUGUGAAUUCAGAGUGACAAAUCACCAAGAUGGUCUGGUAAAGGAAAACAAAGUAGAAAGAGACUUCCUCAGGGAAGGAAAUCAAGUGUACAGAAAACAAAAUGUACCCCCGGAAAGUAAAGUCGGGCUUCUGAAUCUGAUGGCCACAGAAGAGAAGGCGUGUGAUGUGUGGGCUGACAGGAGGCCUUCUGAGGAGGAGAGUACAAACUGUUCUGUUGCCCUUAACACAGCUCUUGACGAACUCGCAAAAGUUAGUGAAGAACUGUGUACCUUUCAAGAGGAAAUCCGAAAGCGCUCUAACCACAGAAGGAUGAAGUCUGAUUCUGUUCUCCAGGAAAUGCCAAAUGAAAUCAGUGUACCUCAUGGGAACCACUUGAUCAGUAAUGGCCAGGGCAUCCUUCCAACCAAUAGGGAGAAAGAAAAACAGAAAAAGAAUCUGAGCUGUGCCAAUGGACUCCAAAAUAAUUCUAUGAAAAACUGUGGAAUUGGUUUAAUUGACUUACAAAGAAGUGAAACUCCUCCAGUUCCUCCUCCAAGAAGUACCUCUCGAAAUUUCCCCAGCUUAUAUUCUGAACAAGCCCAAGAAAGACUGAAGGAAAGUUUAUAUCACAGGUGGGUGGCCCAUGAGAGUCAAAACAAAUCUAACUGCAAUUCUCAUCUCCUUCUGAGGCGGUCUCCACUGUUUCCACAAGAAGAGAGAAAUUUGAAAGAUAGUACCGUGGUUUCCUCUUUGACACCAGAAGUCAAAAUAGACAGCAAGCCUCCAGGUAAUGAAGAGAUUGGACUUAAUAUGUGGUUAUGUGACUCUGUAUCAGGUACAAAGGAGAGCCCUUCUGUGCAGUCCCAAAAAACUGGUUUUACACCCAAUAAAGCAAAAUUUGAAAAGGUGAUUCCAGAUAAUCCUAAUAAAUCUCAGCUUGAUCUUCAUGUGAAAAAUGACUUUCUUCCCUCAGUGACACAGAGAGAUCCACUUAGAAGCUACAGCAGCAGUUAUGAACAGAUUCCAAGGAAUGAAAAGCUGGCAGCAAAGAUUGAUGAAUUUAACAGAACCGUCUUCAGAACGGACAGAAAUUGUCAAGCAAUACAGCAGAGUCAAAACGAUUCAAAAUCACCUGAUGAUCUCAACCUUCUUGAUGUCUCUCUUGCUCAUAGAUGUGACAUGCCAGAACAUGACAGUGGGACUAGUGGUUUGAAAGUUAGUGACCACACACCUGGACCCACAGAAAAUGUGUUCAGUAAUUCUGCAAAAGUCCCUGCAACAGGCCCGGUCAAACAAAUACAGGCAUGUACGAGUCCCAGCAGCUAUCAGCUCAUGUUCCAUGAGCAUGACUGGAGACCAAGCAAUUUUUCUAGCCGGCCAAGGUCAGCUGAUCCCAGAUCAAAUUACGGUGUUGUGGAAAAGCUGCUGAAAACCUAUGAGACAGAGACAAGGCCUGCGCAGCAAAAUUCAAGAUGUUUCAGAGAUAACUGGACCAAAUGUGGUUCUGAUGAAUCCAUAGCAGUGAAAGCCUCGAAUGGAAAAGGAUUUUCCCGACCUGCCAGACCAGCUAAUCGCCGACUCCCAUCCAGAUGGGCAUCCAGAUCGCCAUCCGCACCCCCAGCCUUACGGAGGACUGCCUACAGCUAUAAAGUCUCUCUGCAAACUGAAGCCCAGAUGGUCUAGAUCUAGCCUGGAUUGCUGGAUUAUACAAGUUCUCAUCCCUUUUGCCAAACUGAAUAUUCAGAGUGUUUGCAAACAAUCCUGUUCUCUUCUGCAACUUUCAAGAUCACUGGGACAAGCAAUCUAACCCUAACUUUCCAUCGGUCUUCAGUGUUUUUAA